AUGAGCAGGCUCGUUCGGUCGGUUGUACAUCUCUAUUUCGGGAGCGGGACGUCGACCGCGCGCGGCCUGUGCCGUUCGAGCCACGCGUGUAACGAGCUCGCGCAAUCUCCCGCUCGACGUUCCUACCUAUUAGUACGAAUAGAGCGGGACCGCGACCGCGUCCAAGGCGGGCGCUACACGGAAUCGACGGAGGCGCGUCAAACAAAAUCCGUGGAAGCGGCCGACGCGGGCGCAUUCCCGUGGCCCCGUAUCGUAAAUUACGUGAGACGGCGCCGGCGCCGCGAGCAGCGCUUGUUACGAUAUUUGAACAAAUUCCCGGCGGUGUUAAUCUGCAUAAUAACAAAGCGCCCGCCGACUCCCAUUAUGCCCGGGCGCCACCCCUCCCCCGGCCUUCGCUCGCCCGCCGACGCCCCGGCCAGUGAAAUAGUUUCACCGAGCGGUGACGGCAACGUCUCCGUCGCGCGCGGGUCGAUGAACCCCGCGCGGCCGCCACGCGAUUCGGCCGCGCUCGCCGCCGCCACAUACAAA